UGAUUUUCUCGCGCUCUUUUUGUCUAUUGCUUAUCACUUUUUAAGGCAAGACAGACAAGGCUCCUGCUUGUGAUGAAGAUGGACAUCACAGGCAUGAGGCGUGUGUCGUCUGCGGGGUACAGGCUGCAGCCGAGAACCACCGUGGUCCAACCCAAAAGCAGCCAGCCCCGGAUGGACCGGAGUCUGUAUGCCCAGGAAGAACGAGCUUCUCUGGGCACAAGCCAAAAGGACGCCGUGAAACAGGACAAUUUCUGGAGAGAGAUGGUGUGGAGGGAACGCAGAGGAGUCAAGGAAUGGGAGAAAAACUGGGACUUUCUAACGAAGAAUGAUCACUUGGGUGAAUCAAAGCAAGAGACACCUCUGCCCAGCUAUGUGUCCUUCUUCUCUGAUAAAGUCCCAUGUACCAGCAACCAAAUGUUUGGCAGCAGACUGUCUUCUCCAGUGGGGAAGGAGGUGCAGAGGCUGGACAGACUGUUCCUGUCCAGCAACAACCAGCGGCACAAAUUGGGCCCAGAGAUUCGGCCUACUACUGGCCUGAUUUAG